AUCACGUGUAACAGCAUCAAAUCUUCAUCUCACAGCAUUAAACGGCAGUAAAAGUCUUCCAAAGAUAUUUAAUCGACAUUUGUUGACUGAAUCGAUUAAUCAUAGCCUCCUAUCUUGUGUUUUUACUCAUUUGAAGAAAAGAGAGCCUCUGAUGCUCAGAACCCACCGCAAUGUGAUGGCCUGACAAGAGUAACAAAGAUUCACUUCUAUAAGGUUCAGGGAAUCUAUUGAUGAUGAUGCCUCUUCUCUUCAUCAGAAAUGCAUGGAGGCCUUCAAGAUUUCCUUCGUCUUUGCUCCACCAAGGCAGAUUUUACGCCACCAAAAAAAUCUCAAAACCAUUAAGAAUUCUAUUCUGUGGCUCGGAUAGUUUCAGCAUUGCCUGCCUGCAAUCAUUGCACGCCGAAUCACAGAAAAACCCCGAUUUUAUCGAGUCUAUCGAUGUCCUAUGUCGACCCCCUAAACUGACAGGGAGAGGAAUGAAAGUUUUGCAACAAGUCCCAAUCUACGAAGCUGCGAAGAAUUUGGGACUCACAAUCCACCAACGAGAUACGUUCGCAGGAUGGGACCUGCCCACUCCAGAUGGUGAAUCGAUAAGCCUCAUCAUUGCCGUAUCAUUUGGGUUAUUCAUCCCAGCUCGACUUAUAAGAGCUGUCAAGUAUGGAGGCCUCAAUGUCCACCCGUCGAUGCUGCCCAAUCAUCGAGGUUCUGCACCUCUGCAGAGGUUAAUUAUGACGAACGCCAAAACAACAGGCGUCACUCUUCAGACUCUCGAUACACAGAAGUUUGAUUACGGCAUCAUUCUCGCUCAAAGAAAAGUCCACAUCCCGCGGGCCGCCAGUAUCACCUACCCCGAGCUCCUAGACCACAUGACUCCUCGAGCAGCACAGCUUUUAAUAGACGGGAUGCGAGAUCGAGUUUUCAUACCACCUCUGAUCAAUAAAGGCAAGGGCACAUAUGAGAGUCGUCUUCCUCCCGAUCAACUCGUACACGCCCCAAAGAUCACCAAAGAGGAUAGACAUAUCAACUGGCAUAGAAAUGAUUCCCUCACAAGAAUUGACCGGCGUCAUCGUGCACUUGGGCCACUAUGGAGUAUCCUCUAUGUUGGCGAAAAUAUCACCAAGCGUUUCGUCUUCCAUGACUUCGAGAUGGUAGAGCGACCAACUGCUAUUAAUCAGAUGGUUCGGAAGUGGAGGACUGGUCGUUGGUUCAUGAACAGCGUAGAGAAGUCUGAUCCAGACAACACUGCUUCAUUCCAUAGCCAACUCAGCGAUGAUGGCUCGUCGCAAUCUGCCGCUACUUUGAAUGCCCAUCAGACCGACGAAGAAUCAUUUGAUACCUGGCGGGCCUCCGGAGAGUAUAAAUCCGACCAGACCGAAGAUGAAGCAUUCGCUUCCUGGCAACAGUUUAGAGAAAGACAACUCGCACGAGAAAACGAGGCGUCCUCAGGGCAAAACGUCUACCACAUGAUUGACACUGUCACAAACGGCGAAAUGGCCCCAGUAUUCUAUAUUGAAGACGGACAUGCUAUCAUUGUAGCCGUCAAGGACGGUGCUUUCCGUGUCAAAGAAAUAACCGUCGAAGGCGAUCAACGCAGGACUGCUGCUGCUGCAAUGAAGAGGUAUCGCAAGAGAGGAAUGUGGAAACUACAGUACCGGCCGGUUGAAGGCAUAGAUAGAUGGUUCGCUGCAUACAAUCCGCGGUAUACAGACACAUUUUCCCGAGACGAAUGGAUAAAGACUCUGUCGCCGGAACAGAGAGAGGAAGAAGAAGAUAAAGAUUUGUGGGCUCUUAUUAGAGAGGAGAAGAGGGAAGAACGGAAAUUGUUAGAAGGACUUCGCGAGCCAGUCCGCUUAGCUAGGUCACUUGAGCCGGAGGAGCGAGCAAGGGAAGAACAUAUGACGAAAGAGGAGAGAAAACGGCUCAAAAAUGACAUUAAAGAGCAAAAGAGAUUGAAGAGGAGGGAAGCAGAUGAAUUGUUCAAGGAGAGAAAUCAGAUCAAGGAGGAUCUGAAGAAGGCUGAUUGGUCGCCUCUACUCCUUGAAAAACAUCGGGAGUUCUUCCCUGAAGCUAUGGCUGAGGCAAGAAAGGAGAGGUUGAGAGAGAGAAAAGAGAAGGACAGAGAGAUAGCGAAGAGCAUGAAAGAGGCGAGUGAUGCACCGGGCGAAGAAGCUAGUGUGCAUUUAAAUACUUCCGAGGACGAGGACCAGAACGCCACGGAGGACUAAAUGUAUCAUGUUGUAAGAAUAAAGUUUGUCGCAGCUCAGGACACCGGAGGAUUGUAAGAUAAAAUGGUACAGGGGUGUGGUCAAGUCACAGAGGUGUGCAAAUAGAAUAUGUACACACAGUCGAAACGGAAAACCCUCCCAUUCAACAAAGCACCCGACCAGAGAUAUACACCUCAGAGGUAUGCUCAUACUAUAUUAAGAUACUUAAGAUUAGUUUAUGUACCAAUCCCAAUUCUCACUCAAGGCG